AUGGCUGGACAAUUUGAUCUUACGGCAUACAAAUUUGGGGCCCAAAAAUCACUGUUGGCAAAAGCAGUCAAUACAGUAGUGUUGUCAUUAAAUUAUACUGGUAAUUCAGGGAAAGUAUGUAAAACUCCAUACGAGUUGUGGUUUGAUAAACUUCCUAAAAUAGACAAGUUUGUAGAAUUUGUAAUAAAUGCAUACAGUUUAAUUCCAAAACAACUGCGAAAGAAUUUAAGCCAAAAAGGAUACUUUGUCGGAUAUUUAGAAACUUCAAAAAGCUUACACAAAGACGAUCCAUUAGAAUACAGCAAUAAAUCAGAAGGAGAUGAAGGCAUGGAUAAUAAAUUUGAAUCAAUAAGUGAAGAUAACAAUGAAGAUCAAGAACACGAACAAGGAGAUGGGUCAAAUGUCAACGUGUACAACUUGCGAGAUAGAAGUAAUAUUAAGAAACCAUUACGUUAUGAUAAUUCAGCUUUUUUCAUAGUCAAAUCUGAUCCAGUGUAUUUCAAGGAAGCUGUCGGGUCACAAAAUUUGCCAUAA